AUGGAAAUUUUAGAAAUCUAUAAUUUAUUUUCACUUCUACUAUCUUAUAAUAUUUAUGCUCAAUAUAUUGGAACAUUUAUACCAAAUGAUCAUUUGAAUAGAUUUAAAUUUCCAAUUAGCAGCUAUCUAACCGAUCAACAUUAUUUACCAAAUAAACUGUCAUCGUCAGCGUCAUCGUCACGUGGAGCGGCAGUGGCGGCAAUGUCAUCAGUUUCAUUGCCAAAACUAUUUUCCUCUUCUUCAUCUUCCAUCUUUCCAUCAUUGAUGCAAGCAAAAAUGCAAAAUAAAUUUGUUAAUUUUGACGAUACAUUUUAUGAUGAUGCUGAUGAUGAUGCUUCGUCAGUAUUAUCGGACAGGAAUUCGUUCGUAUCAGUAAAUAGUCAUCCAUUGAAUAGUAGAAUGGUUAAACAAAUGCCUAUCCCUGCUACUACCACUACUACUAAUAACACGAAUACUACUACUGAUAACAAUAUAAGUAACAAUGAUAAAGACACUAUAAUUAUCAAUGGAAUUCAUGAUAAUUUACAAACUUCACAUUUAUGGAUAAAACAUCAUGAUUUGAAUACUGUGUACAAUCAACAAGCAAUGAAACAAUCACAGCAUCAAUUGAAUUCAUAUCCAGAUAAACAUCAUUUAUUCAGUGGGACAAAAUCAAAAUUGAUGCAUUCGCCUAGUUCAUUAUCUUCUUUUCAUCGUCCGACAGCCUACUCAUCAAUUAUACGAAGAAUGUAUAAUCAAACUUUGUUGAAUCAACGAAAACACCAGUCAAAACAUAAACCUAAUAAGGUACAACAACGACAACAUCCACAACAGCAGACGGUUAUUAAUCACAAUGAAAGUAAUGCACAGAUUAAAGAACCUCAAGUCAAAGGACGUUGGUG